GAGCUAGAAAGGAAGGCUGGUGUAAAGCAUGAGAUCUUUGCUGUAGCUGUGUCGGAGCAGUAUCUGCAUGGUAAACUGUGGGAACCCCCUGAUCUGAGAUGUUUCCCUGUAUUGGACCUGCAACAUUUAGAGAAGCAAGACCACCCACCGAUCUUCUCUCCCCUUCAGUGCACUCACUACCUUAAAGGGGAAGGUAGGGAGCGAGCAGAGAGUAGAAAGAGGAAGCAGCAUGUAGCUAAGCAGCUCCAACCUCAGCUUCAGCACUUCUCUGUUUUACUUAACUUAAUAAUGAUGUGCUCGGAGGAACAUUUCCCACUUGGACUGGCUGCAACUAUAAGAUGACGGGAGGUUUUCUGAGUGUUCCCAUCAUGAGGCCUAACCACUGCUGGACCGUCCUGCAGGUGUCCAUCUUGGCAGCGCUGCUUCUCACCUUAAACGCUGACAGUAAGGAUUCAGACUGUGAAGUUGAUCUUAAAGUGGCCCGUGACACAGUUUAUGAAGCUCUCCCUGGAGAAGACCUCAGGAUUAACUGCAUUGUUGCGUUCUGCAAUGACUCACCACCAACAGUCACCUGGUAUAAACGAGAGAAAACUGACAUCCCUGUCGAUGUCAGCAGUCGCAUUAAAAUGGAGUGGAAACAUGUAAACCGUUCAGAGGGAAUAUCGUUUUUGAUCUUCCAAAACAUAUUCAGAAAUGACUCGGGUGUGUAUCAGUGUGGAAUUGGAGACAUUGUGAGUCAUAACAUCAACGUCUCUGUCCACGAUCAUGAUGGGCGUACCAAUGCUUCGGGGAUGAAUAGCACAGAAGCCCCCACUUUGAAACCUGAAACCUUAUCAGAUCUGUUUAGGUACAUCUACUUUGGUGCUGGGAUUGUGGCAUUCGUCACUGUAGUGAUAAUUAUUUCCAUUGUAUCAAUGCACGGAUGUAAAGGGAAAUCAAAGAAAAAGACGCAAUCUGAAAAUCCGUACAUUGCAAUCCCAAUGGAACCCUUCCCACAUGCCAGCUUCCAGCCCUCGCCAAGAGGAAGCCCCUCUGCACCGCCACCUCGGAGGCCACUGCCCUCACAACCCAAUGAGCUGCCGUUACCGAGAGACAAUGAGCACGUUUACAGCAAGGUGAAGGAGGACAGAGGGAGACCGAGGAAAAAGGCAGAGGAAGAGGGGAGUUCUCUUGUGUAUGCUGCGCUCAACCAUCAGGUGCCAGCGAGACCUGCUGCUUGGCCGCGGAGGCCAAUGGAGGAGACUUCAGAGUACGCGGCUAUCUGUGUGAAAGACCCAUCACCCACGAGACUAAGUGACUUCAAAGAGGACAACAGCUUGCGUUAAGUGGAGUAAUGUGGUCUUGAUGUUGAAGGAGAAUUAAAAUUUGAUACAGUGACCCUCUUUGGUAAAAACGGCUCGCUUUUGUCAGAGCAUGAGGAUGCUACAGCAUGGACAACCCACCAAGUCCACAUGAGACUUUGCUUAAUGCUAAAUUAGCAUCUCCACCAUUUGGUCAAUACUUUAACGGCCCUACACACCAACACUUUUGACUCUGGUUACUUAGACCUCUGCUGAAGUUGAAGUUUGCUGGGAAUUUGUGAGAUCAUCAUGUACCAAAUGUGCCAAACUGAGAAGGGGGUAAGCACAUGUGGUUUUCACUCUAUUUCAAUUCAGCCAGAGGACCGAAGACAACUCUGUACUGAUACAGAUAGCCGUAAGGUUGCCUUGUUUGCAUCAUAAAACAGUAAAACGUCUUCUUUUGUUUACCCGGAAAUUUUACUGACAAUCCCACUGGAGCUGUGGUACGAGAUUUCUUCAAAUCAUGCGAGCUUGUGAGCUACUAAACUACAGGUAAAGUUAAAGUAUAAGGCCGGUGAUAGUCUGUAUUUUUCUUAUUGUCAACAAAUCCCAUAAAACUGAUCCUACUUAAAUGUAUUGUCUGACAUAACUUAUUCCUCAAUAUGAACUUGAAAACCACUUGCAUUGCGAGACAUGUUCCUUCACACAUACAAUAAUUUAUUUUUAGUCAAUCCCACAAACACAGUCCUGCAGCUGUAAAUACUCACUAGAGCACCAAAUGUGGAUUAAUCCACAGCAGAAAAUAGUCCCCAACAAAUUUACCAUUUACUGCUGUCUGAGUAACUUCUGCUGAAAUCUGCAGUGCCCAGGUUUUUUUUAGGAAAUUACUUUUCAACAACAAAAGUGUAUAUUUGUGCGCCCAUUUUAGUUAGAGACAUCAUGAAAUCUAAAUAGUUGUUUUAUCACAUGUCUUGCACUGAUGGUCACAUCAGUAUCUGGCCCAGUGAUGAUAAAAAAAUUAGUUUUGUCAUUUCCUGGAAAUGAUUAAAAAAAAUCUGAUGAUUCAUCUUGCACUCAGGGACGUAUAAUAAUUUUGUGUCCAAUUAAAAGAUCUUGAAUUGCUAUGUCCCUACCCCACGACUAUAACUCCUGCCAUAAUUGGCUUCAAGGACUUUUGAAGUCUUUGUUAUGUUUUUGGUUGUGCCAACUCCCGGGUUGACCGCUGAUAACGCUGUCCCAAUUCAAGGUGGCAUGACGGUGGCAUCACUGAAGCGUAACCAUGUAUUUAUGAAGGAAACCUGUUUAUUCCUAUGAAAGUUGCUCAGUGGCGCAUGAAGCCAAAAAAGUUCGUCUUCCUGUGUAUGAAAUUAUGUGGAUCUUCCGCACUGUGUUGCCCAUAGAGCAAAUGCAUAAGAGACUUUGCCGGCUGAGUGGCUAACUUAUGGUUUACCUCCUGCUAACUUUAAUGGAUAAAGGUAUUUAUUUGUGUGCAGCUCUACUAGACUUUGAAAAUGUUAUCAGCCUAAAUGGAUCAAAUCCUGAUAGUGAAACAAGGCAUUUUUCGGUGCUUAUCCUCUUGAGGGACGUGGGGUGAUGGAGCCUAUCCCAGCUGACACUGGGCAAGAGGUGGGGUACACCCUGGACAGGUCACCAGACUAUCACAGGGCUGACACAUAGAGACAGACAACCAUUCACACUCACAUUCACACCUACGGACAAUUUAGAGUCACCAGUUAACCUGCAUGUCUUUGGGCUGUGGGAGGAAGCUGGAGUACCUGAAGAAAACCCACGCUGACACAGGGUGAACAAGCAAACUUGGCACAGAGGGGCUCCCCCAACCUAGGUUCGAAUUAGGAGCCCUCUUGCUGUGAGGCAACAAUACUUAGCACUGCACCACCGUGCCGCCAUUCACAGAUGUGUCUUUCACAAUGUAAGUCUAUAGGAAAAAAUCUUUUUGGGUCCAAUGGCAUCACAUCAUGGACCAUGAAGUUGUAGUUACACAGUUUGGCCACUACGUGAAAUUGGCACCAAAGUCUGUCGCACUUCCUGGGGGCCUCAGUGUUACGCCUCCCUCUGUCAGCACUGUUGCUGUGUUUUAAAUUAGCGCAGCUAGCACUAGCCUCCACCAUUUGGGCUACAUGUCUGUUGGAUACCAAGACAAGUCCCUCCCUAGAAGUAUAAACGUGCGUAACCGCA